CUUAUUAUGCUCCACUAUGUACAUUGUCCUGUAGAUGUAAAGAAGCGUACAGGUUCUUAUUAGACACAACGAUCUGUAGCUUGCGUACUUUAAAAUCUGACCGAAGAUGUCCCGCAAAACUGUAAAAACGAUCCUGAAAGAUGUACUUGGAGAUUUAGAAUCGAAAAACUUUAAAAAGUUUAAACAUGCUUUGUCCGAUCGCCAGCAGGAACCCCGUAUUCCAGGGUCAGUCCUCGAAAAGGCGGAUGAACUGGAUAUAGUGGAUGUUCUUGUGAGAACGUACACUGAGAAGAAAGCUAUUCCAGUGGCGAUAGAGGUCCUUCAUGAUAUUGGUUGUCAUGAUCUUGCAGAAAAGCUUGACAAAUACAUGAAAGAGGAACAGGGACCUUCUGUUGGAAACCACGCGAUGGGAGGCAAACACUUCGUGGACUUCCACCGGGCCGCUCUGAUCCAGAGAGUCACUUCGGUGCCCGUGAUCUUGGAUGGUCUCCUGGAAGAGGAGGUUUUAGACGACGAAAAGUACAGCGAAGUGAAUGCAGAGAAGACCCGUCAGGAGAAGAUGAGGAAGCUAUAUUGUUUCAUAGCAGGCAGCAAUGCAGGGAAAGAUGCUUUCUACAAGAGCCUUGAGGAACAUGAGAAAUUUCUUAUGAAAGACCUCAAAGGUUAACUGAUAGACCAACUGACCAACAUGAUUACACAAAUGAAAGUAAAGAAAACUGCCUUAUC